GGCACCAGUAGGCCAAAGAAACUCUGAAAUUUUCUUUCUUUCUACAAUUUUCAUAGAGCCGAGUUGCAAAUUUUUCUCAAGUGACAGUUAGAAGUGUAAAUUAUUAAAAACGGGCCAAGCGCUAAACGUUGUGAGAGCUGUAGCGAACAUACGCAUGUCGCUACCUCCCGAGGACACCGAUUUGUCCACUAAUUCCGCACACGAAUACGCACUCCAAAUCGGGAGCAAUGUAUCGGCAGUCCGAGUAGUCGGUUCGGCAGUAGGACAGCGAUUUUCGCCGUCGCCAAAAGCUCAUCCGAACGUGAUUGAGAUUCCAAGUUGGGAAAACUCGCCAGUUGCGCCGAGUAGAUCGGAAGAAGCAGCACCCAACGCCGCAGCGGCACAACUCCUGUGGGCGGAGAAUCAAGGCCUCGCGACAUCGCACUUAUUGCCAACUGAACCGACUUUCGAGACAUUGAACACCAAUGCGUACUCCUCGCCACCAGGGGAUUCACGAUUUACGUUCCCGAACCAGAACUACUCGCCGCUGCUGCCGCGGUGUGUCCCAGUUCCGAAUCAGCGUUACUCUCCAUCUGGAUCGCCAAUACACCAACUCCAUGAGCUGCAAAACUGUCCAUUGAUAGAUUCGCCGCUAAGACUGCCAUUUCCCUCGCCCAAGGAGGUACGAACACCGAGCAUCAACCGUUUAGUUGAUGCACUGAUCGACCUUGACCAAAACCAGCAGGUCAUAUAUUAUAUCCAGCAGUACAACAAUGAGCCAGUUCUAUAUCAAGAAAACAUAGGAUCGGGAUUCCAUGUAUACUAUCAGGCACCUGAGGAUAAUCAACCGAUUGUAUUACAUAUCGUGGAGCACAAUCCUCAGAUUAUAACUGAGAGCCAGGAGCAAACCAACCAGAUUGUCCCCGAAAUACAAAUCAAUAAUAUCCAGGAGCAAGACCAGAAACUUGAAAAUGGCACCCCGGAACGAAACCAUCCGAUUGUAACUGAAGCUCAGGAUCAAAACCAACAGACAUUAACCGAGAUCCCAGAGAAAUGUCUUCAGCUUGCAUCUCCUGUCAUUACUGAUAUACAGGUACAGAGUCCUCAGGAUGUAAUAGGGAUCCAGGAGCAAAAUCACCAAUCUGUAACAAAGAUCCAGGAGGAAGUACACCAGACUGCCCCCGAAAUCCAGGUGAAAAUUUUCGAGAUCUCAUCUGAUAUUCAAGAGCAAAAUCGACAGUUUGUAACUGAGGAACAAAAUCAUCAAACUAUAACCGAGAUCCAGGAGGAUUACCCGAUUGUCUCCGAAAUCCAAUGGGAAAAUCUCCCAAAUCCUGCUGAGAUUCAGGAACAAGACCAGGAUAAUAUCGUAACCGAAGUUACGAAGCUUGCAUCUCCUGUUGUUACUGAUAUACACGUACAAAGUCCUCAGUGCGUAAUCGAGAUCGAUGAUGAAGAUGAUGAAGAUUUAAAGUUUGCAUCUGGUGAUCAGGAGCAACAUCUGUACACUAUAUCUGAAAUCCACGAGAAAAUACAACAAAGUCCUCAGUUCGUAAUCGAGAUCGAUGAUGAAGAUAUUGAAGAUUUGAAACUGGCAUCUAAUAAUCUGGAGCAGCAUCUGCACACUAUACCUGAAACCGAGGAGAAAAAACAACAGAUUGCCAACGAAUUCUCGGAGAAAAUUCUCCACCUUGCUCCUGAUAUCCCCGAGCACAAUCAACAAACAGCCGAGCUCCAAAAGGAAGGUCUCCAGUUCGAUUCUGAAAUCGAGAAGCGAGAUCUGCAGAUUGUUACUGACACUCACAAACAAAAUCAUCAAAAUGUAACCGAGAUCCAGGAGGAAAGUUUCCGGUUAACGUCUGAUGCACAGAAAGCAGAUCAGCCGACCGUAGUUAUAGAAAUCCAGGAAAAUGCGCAGUUCGCAUCUGAUAAUCAAGACCAAGAAGUGCAGACUGUAACCGAAAUUCACGAGCUUUCGAGAGAAAAUGUUCAAUUUGUAACUGACAUCCAGGAGCACGCCCAAAAACUACAGCUCGCAAAAUACAUCCCGGAGCAAAACCAGCAGAUAACAGCUGAAGACCAACAAGAAGAGCAACAUUACCUGAAUUUUCCAGAGAUCCAAGAGCAAAGUGCACAGCUUGCAUCUGAAUUCGAAGGGGACAAACAAAAGCUGGCAUCUCAGUUUCGGAAGGGGAACCAACAAUUUCCAUUCAAGCUCCAGCAGCAAGAUCAGCUGAGUGUGCCAGAGAUCCAGAAGCAAAGCCACCAGUUCGAAUCUAAGGUCAAAAAGAAGAAGUUGCAGCCCUUUUCUGAAUACCAGCAGAAAGGUCAGCAACUAUCUGAUCAUAUCGAAAAUAGGCAGAUAAUUCAGCAGGAAUUCAACAUCCACUCUAACCAGGUUUAUUCUAAGGUCCAGUAUAUACAAACUAUACAAACUGCGCCUCCGCAGGAGAACAACAGUUUUGAGGUCCAACCAGCAAACGAGGUAAACGAAUUCCAACGGGACGGAGAACUGAAUAUUUACCCAGGCCGCCAGCAUCAGAACUUUGUUGUUGAGGGUGCGACACCAUUACCGCACGCUGAAGCUCAACCAGGACCUACUCCAGAAGAUAUAUCAGACUCCGUUUCACUUGAGCAUGGAGAGCCGAUAGAGUCAUUCAACCUGAACACCAUUUGUAUUCGCAAUACCUUCCAACUAAUUCGAGAGAUCUCUGAUAGUCUGGUGGCCGAUCCAGAGCAACCCGAAGCCGCAAACCACCGGCUGUCACUUUACCUUCUGCGCAAGAAGCUGGCCGAUGUGAGCCAUAAGGUUCUAACCGAAGCUAUACACGGCCGGGCCUCCGAUCAGUGCAUCAUCAUUCUGAGAGAGAUUCUUGAGCAAACUAAGGAAUUAAGACCACGCCCCCAACGCCCCACGAAGGAUACCGAGUUCCAAAAAGAAAUUUCGAUGGGCUUAGAAAUAUUGAAAAAGAUCCGUGGUAUGUUAUCCGGUUGGUAUACUUCAAGAGAAAGCGAAACUGACUCCAGGGAGACCGGAACGGGAUUCCAGGCUCAAAACGGAAAAGGUCGUGGUGCCGGCCGCCAACCGGAAAAUAGUUAUUUAUCGCAGAAAAGACGUAACCAAGAAGAGAAUCCUCGUCUAGUCAAGUACCGCCGUGUGGACAACAGCUUUCCCCGCUUGAUAACGAACGAGACGGCCGAGGACCUGAUUCCCAACAACUCCAUGGCCGAGCGGGAUAAGCCACAGAGCUCAAAGCGGCUGUCAAUAUUUAAUCCGCCGGUAUACACGCAGCACCGGGUGCGCAAUGAAGCCCCCUACAUACCCACCCCAUUUGACGAUGAGGAGUCGUCACAGAGAUUUGCUAACGCCGGGCCAUCAUCCAGGCCCAUGACUUACUCGGAUGCGGUGCGUCUAGGCCAGAAUGGCAUCGCCGAGUCGCGCGUAAAUGGGCACUCCAGCCAUUCGGUGCGCAGCGCAUCGGCUCGGGUGCAGGGAAGCAUUCUGCUGCACGAGAUGAAGCGCAAGAAUCAAGAGCAGUAUACCGAUCUUAUCCGUACCGCAGCCCAAAGUAAUUCCAUGGGCAGUCGCUGCGUCAAACCGGGUACCCCGCCGACGUUUCAGCGGGCUAAAGCUCAGUCGGCAACCGGGAGCGGUUAUUACUUACUGCAUGACAACCAAUCAAAUAUAAGGAAUUCGCAUCCGCCGUCACAUGGACAUGCGAACCGUGAGCUAACGGAGUACGCCAAAUUGAUCAGCCGCCAGGACGAGAACAGGGCUCCAACACCACAACAGCCAAAGCGAAACGCUAGCAAUAGCUCUGCCAGCCACUCGUCCACUACUUCCAGCAGCGGAUCUUCCUGCAGCACUUGUUCAAUUUGCUCUACUUCUUCUGACUCUGAGCCAAAGUUGGUUAAAGAUAGCUCGGAGGUCAAGGAAGCCAAGGAAGCCAACGAAACCAACAAAACCAAUGAAACCAACGUAACCAUGAAAAUUGAGACACCUCAACCUCAACCAAAACCUCAACCACCAACCAGACUCACCAAAAUAGGCUCAUUGCAACAGCGUUUUGCCAACUGUGUGUUCCUACGGGAUGACUUUGAGGAAAAUUUCAAAGCACGAGCGAUUCGCCGACAAGGGGCAUCCAUGCAUCUGCUGGACAUAGCCGAAAAACAAGCUAAUGUCAGCACAGAUGAACGGAUUGCUUAUGAAAAGAAACUACGGGAAAUCAUGUUCCGGUCUGGUACCCCACACCGGCCCUUUUUUGAAAUCGGGCCACUGGACCAGCCAGAUGAGAAGAAUGAGACCAAGCUCAUUCCGCUAACACAGGAGCAGUACGUUCGCUUUCGCGAACUGACAACUUCUCCCAUUACGAAGAACGUAAUUUUCAAAUAUAACCUACAAAUAACUACCGACGACACGUUCACGUUUGCUGAUGGGGAAUGGCUUAACGACGCGAUCAUCAACUUUUACAUGUCCAUGCUGACAGAACGCUCGGAGAAGCGAGCUGGCGAACUUCCCGCCGUUUACGCCAUGAACACAUUCUUCAUGCCCCGUCUCCUGCAAGCUGGGUAUUCAGGCGUUAAGCGCUGGACUCGCAAAGUGGACUUGUUCAGCAAGGACAUAAUUCCAGUGCCAGUGCACUGUGGCAACGUCCACUGGUGCAUGGCCAUCAUAAACUUGCCGAAAAAGACAAUACACUAUUAUGACUCAAUGGGAAGGCCAAACCAACCGGUGCUUGAUGCUCUAGUACACUAUUUGCAAGCAGAGUCACUAGACAAGCGCCAUAAGCCGUUGAAUAUCACCGGUUUCGUUGUCGAGCACGCACAGAAUAUACCACGUCAAGGAAAUAGCAGCGAUUGCGGAGUCUUCAGCUGCAUGUUCGCCGAGUAUAUAACGCGUAAUGUUCCGAUUACCUUCUCUCAGGCGGAAAUGCCUUACUUCCGCAAGAAGAUGGCUUUGGAAAUCGCCGGCGGAGAGUUGUGGCAGUAGGCCACCAAUCACACAGCUAAGAACAAUUCUUUAGUUAUUUUUAAAAAAUUUUACGUACACACUCCAAGCAUGAAUUCGCAACAAGUACUUAGCCAUCUAACGAACUCGUUUAUUAGAUAGAAUCGAGAUGGCUGAGACCCCUGCUGGUGCAUUAACUUGUUCUCAUAUCUGAUUGUAACAGAGAAUCUAUUUCUUCAAUAAAAUGUCACCAAGUAAAAGCGCUGCGAAUAAGGAUGUAUUAAUCGCCGAAUAUCUUUGAGUUUAUAAUUAAUAUUUAGAAUAGAGCAAGCUAAGAAUAUGUACUAAUGUAAUGUAAUGUACUAUUCUAAACCUAACACUAAACUAGGAAUUACUCGAUUUAAUAUUUUUUACAUUGUCUUUUCUGUUUCAUAUCGUUUAGUCAGGGCCGUCGAUAAUUGAAAAUCAUGCUAAUACUCCACUUCAUUUUUGGAAUUACAUACUAUCGCUCUUUUUUUUAGAAAAUGUCGCUAUAUUCCUAUAAAUUAGAUAAUAUUGAUAAGGAAUCAAUCUUAAUUCAGUAUAUUUAAAAAUGUAGCUUAUUCAAGCAAAUACUACUGUUUAUAGGUAAAUAUGGGUUAAUUGUAUGUUUUGUUUUUGUAAAGAUUUUCUCUAACCCUUCGGAAGUAGUAAGCCUUUCAUAACGAAAGGGAAAGGUACAUAAUGUAAUAUAAUUUAUUUUUGCAGAGCGAACUAAACAAAUAUAUAUUAAACAAAAAAUA